GACUCUCCGCCACCAAUCUCUCUCCGUCACCGAUAUCUCUCCGUAACUGAUAUAUCUCCGUUAUCGAUCAGCGUUUGAUUCACAAGAGCUGAAAUGGCGAUUCCUGAACGAAGAAGAGUCGGAAGGUGGGCGCAUUUGUAUUCUCAAGAGCGCAAUUGGAGAUUCCUAUUUCUCUUCCUUUUGUCCCUAAAGUCGCAGAAACCCUAGGUCUCUGAACUGUUCUCCUUCACCCUAUAUCCUCUAAGGUUUUCAUCGAUAAUUGCUGAACACCUGACAUGUCUGCCAUGCAUCAUGACUCAUCUGCCGAUCUCAAUGUGGUCAAAAGCAAACUGAAGGACAUUUUGGAGGUAGAUUGUAUGUUUGAAACAUCAAUUGACUAAUGGAGAUAGCAUCACUCAUGUAUCAAAUCAAAUGUAAGACAUUUUUGCAUAAGGAAUUGCGUUUUAAGUGAAGCAGAGUGUCUGAUCGGCGCUGGUAACUUCUUAUUACCUGCUUUGUAAAUUUUUCUCUCACUGUGUGGUUUUGAUCACAAACUAAAACUUAUAUGUAAGAUUCGAUGAAAGGUACUGAAAUGAUUCAGUUGGAAAUUCCAGAGCUUAUGGAAGAUGAUGUUCAACUUCUUCACAUUGAGCACACUCUAGUUUACCACCUCAUGAACUUGCUGUUGAAAGAAUGGAAGGGCUGUGAUUCAUUUAUGACAGGAUUUCAUGUCACAUUCAACGUUACUUAAAAAUCAAAGUGAAUGCUCUUGGUGUGUUUGUAACAAAAAAAACACACUCUUGGUGUGUAAAAGUGACGUAUUGCUCUUAUCUCUAUAAAAGGUUGAGACAAACAACCAAGUUGUCUUACUAUAAUAACACUGAAAGUCAUAGUACCUUAACCUCUUGGAGUAAUGACAAUGAACCUCCACUUCAAAAUAAAUUAGAAAGAACUUUGCAAACUACCUUUAAUUUGGUUUGAGUUUCUCCAAAGACAUCUCUGACUCUAUAAUGGCAGGGGUUGUCCAAGAUACAUUCCAUAUUCAAACUAAGGAGGACCAUGAAUCUAAACUUGCCAUUGCAGAGGAGGACGACAAAGAAGUGGAUGAUUCUCCUAUAGAGCAAGUCAGACUAACAGUGCCAAUAACAGACGAUCCUACACAACCGGUACUGACGUUUAGGACAUGGACUAUUGGUUUGGGAUGUUGCAUUAUCCUUUCCUUUGUGAACCAAUUCUUUGGGUUCAGAACAAACCCUCUGUCUAUCUCUUCUAUUGCAGCACAAAUCGUUUCUCUCCCACUUGGGAAAGUAAUGGCUGCAACACUUCCAACCACAAUAUAUAAAGUCCCUUUAACUCCUUGGUCUUUCACAUUGAAUCCUGGACCAUUCAAUUUGAAGGAACAUGCCCUUAUAACCAUCUUUGCUAGUGCUGGAUCUAGUAGUGUUUAUGCCAUUAACAUAAUCACUAUUGUUAAGGCUUUCUACCACAGGAGUAUCAAUCCAACUGCUGCUUUUUUGUUAGCACUGUCAACCCAGAUGCUUGGUUAUGGAUGGGCUGGUAUAUUCAGAAAGGUCCUUGUGGACUCACCCUACAUGUGGUGGCCUUCAAAUCUUGUUCAAGUGUCUCUAUUCAGGGCGUUUCAUGAAAAAGAAAAGAGGCCUAAAGGAGGAAACACUAGGUUGCAAUUCUUUUUUCUGGUCUUUGUGGCUAGCUUUGCUUAUUACAUUAUUCCAGGCUACCUUUUCCAAGCAAUAUCAACCAUCUCUGUUGUUUGCUUAAUAUGGAAAAACUCUGUCACUGCUCAACAAAUUGGUUCAGGAAUGAGGGGUCUUGGUAUUGGUUCAGUUACCCUCGAUUGGAACACUGUUGCUGGUUUCUUAGGAAGUCCUAUGGCUUAUCCUGGUUUUGCCAUUAUCAACAUAUUGGCUGGAUUUGUGUUAUUUAUCUAUGUUGUGAUUCCAGUUUCCUAUUGGAGCAAUAUUUAUGAUGCCAAAAAGUUUCCCCUCAUCAGUUCUCACACAUUUGAUUCCACUGGUAAAACAUAUAAUGUUUCUAGGAUUCUUAAUGACGCAACAUUUGACAUUGAUAUGGAUGCUUAUAACAAUUACAGUAAGCUCUAUCUUAGUAUCACAUUUGCAUUUGAUUAUGGAUUGAGCUUCGCAACUCUCACUGCCACCGUCUCACAUGUUUUCCUCUUCCAUGGAAAAACGAUUAAUCAGAUGUGGAGAAAGACAACAGCUGCGCUAAAAGAACAGGCUGGAGACGUGCAUACAAGAAUCAUGAAGAGAAACUAUAAACAAGUUCCGGAGUGGUGGUUCGUAAGCAUAUUAUUUCUUAUGACUAUUAUGGCCUUGCUAUGUUGCGAAGGCUUUGGCAAGCAGCUCCAACUUCCAUGGUGGGGAGUCUUGCUUUCUCUAACAAUUGCGUUGGUUUUCACUUUGCCAAUUGGUGUCAUUCAAGCAACAACAAACCAGCAAGCUGGACUAAAUGUGAUCACAGAGUUGAUUAUUGGUUACCUUUAUCCUGGAAAGCCUCUUGCUAAUGUAGCCUUCAAGACUUAUGGAUACAUUAGUAUGGCACAAGCACUUAGUUUCCUCCAAGACUUCAAAUUAGGCCACUACAUGAAAAUUCCUCCGAAAUCUAUGUUCCUAGUACAGUUGGUGGGAACUUUGGUUGCUUCAAGUGUACAGUUUAUCACAGCAUGGUGGCUUCUAACAACUAUUCCAAACAUAUGUGAUGAAUCAAUGUUGCCAGAGGGUAGUCCAUGGACUUGUCCUGGAGAUGAUGUGUUUUACAAUGCUUCAAUUAUAUGGGGAAUAGUAGGACCAAAACGGAUGUUCACAAAGGAUGGAAUUUACCCCGGAAUGAAUUGGUUUUUCCUCAUUGGUCUACUUGCGCCUGUUCCAGUAUGGCUGCUAGCUCGCAAAUAUCCGAAUCACAAAUGGAUUGAACUCAUCAACAUGCCACUUAUAAUUGCAGGUGCCAAUGGAAUACCACCCGUUAGAUCAAUAAAUUUUAUUUCAUGGGGAGUUGUUGGAAUCUUCUUCAAUUUCUAUGUUUACAAACAUUUCAAGUCAUGGUGGGCUCGACACACUUACAUUCUCUCGGCAGCUUUGGAUUCUGGCAUUGCUUUCAUGGGUGUGUUGCUCUAUUUUUCACUUCAAACAUAUAAUAUCUUUGGUCCAACAUGGUGGGGUCUUGAAGGAGAUGAUCACUGUCCCUUGGCUAAAUGCCCUACAGCUCCUGGUAUUGUUACCAAGGGAUGUCCUGUCUUUUGAACUCCAUAUUUGCAUUCUAUCAUAUCCUCAUUGGUCAUGAAAAGAUACACAAAAUCUGAUGAUUAUUUAAAGUCUGCUACGCUACAAUGCUAUAACUUCACUAUAGCAUUUGCUUGACAACACUUUGUAUUAAAUAGUGUAUCGUUGAAUAUAGUUAUAUUCGUCAUUUGACAACAUUGUAAUUAACAAGGUUUCUACUUUGUACUUUUUAUAUAUUUGCCAAUUGUAUAAACUGUUAUGAAGUAUAAAACUGUACA